UCCCGAGAAAUGCUCAAUCAUCCGAAAUAUCUCUUUUCCCCGCCAUGAACGCAAUACCCUCCUCUAUUCAGUAUCUUCUUCAUCCUCUUCAAACCAGCAGCGCAUGUUCGCAUCGAACUUCAGCAUUUCCUCAUCCCAAUCAAACAUCCCGAACUCUCGGAUUAGGUUUCGUCUUCCUCAGACCAUCGCCAACGUCAAGUCUUUUAUUUCCGCCGCCAUUACGAGCAUUCAAGUUCCCGAGGUCAAUUUUUCCGCCGGAGGCUCAGCUGUCCGAUGGCGAAGAUGAAGAAGAAGACGAAGACGAUGACGAAGAUUUUGAAACAGAUGAUGAAGCGGCGGAUGAAUAUGAAGAAGUUGUUGGCGAGGCAUCGGAUGAAACUGAACGGAGUGGAGAUGACGUUGACAGUUUGACAGAGGAUGAAGACAGAGAUUCUUCCGGUGGUAAUUCUAGACUCAAGGAAUUCAGAUGGCAGAGAGUGGAGAGGAUUCGGAAUGAAGUGAAAGAGUAUGGUGAAGAGAUUAUUGAUGUCGAAGAGCUUGCUUCUGUUUACGACUUUCGCAUCGACAAAUUCCAGCGAUUGGCUAUUCAAGCUUUCCUAAGAGGUUCCUCUGUAGUAGUGUCUGCCCCUACAAGUGGUGGAAAAACGUUAAUUGCUGAAGCUGCAGCUGUUGCUACCGUAGCAAGAGGAAAGAGAAUAUUUUAUACUACUCCUCUUAAGGCAUUAUCAAAUCAAAAGUUCCGCGAAUUUCGUGAAACAUUUGGUGAUAAUGAUGUCGGUCUUCUUACUGGAGACUCUGCUGUCAAUAAAGAUGCACAAAUCCUUAUCAUGACUACUGAGAUUCUCCGCAAUAUGUUAUACCGGAGUGUUGGCACCGUUUCAUCUGAUAGUGGACUUCUCCAUGUUGAUGUAAUAGUUUUAGAUGAAGUACAUUAUCUAAGUGACAUAUAUCGGGGUACUGUGUGGGAAGAGAUAAUUAUUUAUUGCCCAAAAGAGGUACAACUUAUAUGUUUAUCCGCAACAGUUGCAAAUCCAGAUGAGUUGGCUGGUUGGAUUGGUCAGAUUCAUGGUAGAACUGAGUUAGUCACAUCGUCUGAGCGUCCUGUUCCAUUGACUUGGCUUUUCUCUGCGAAAACAUCACUGCUACCCCUUCUUAAUGAGAAGGGAACAGCCAUGAAUAGGAAGCUGUCACUUAGUUAUUUGCAACUUUAUUCAUCUGGGGCUCAGUCACACAGGGACGAGGGAUCCAGAAAACGAUUUCCAAGAAGACAUGAGAAUAACUACAGCAGUAACACAAAUGGGGAAUCCACUUCAACAAGAAAUGAUAUGAAUAACGUUCGCCGUUCACAAGUUCCUCAAGUUGUUGAUACACUGUGGCAGCUUCAUGAUAGAAAUAUGUUGCCUGCUAUUUGGUUCAUCUUCAGCAGGAAGGGCUGUGAUGCGGCUGUCCAGUAUCUCGAACAUUGCAAACUCCUUGAUGAUUGUGAGAUGAGUGAGGUUCAACUGGCCUUGAAGCGAUUCCGCAUUAAAUAUCCUGACGCUGUCAGGGAAACUUCGGUUAAAGGACUUCUUAGAGGGGCCGCUGCACAUCAUGCUGGCUGCUUACCACUAUGGAAAUCAUUUAUAGAAGAGCUGUUUCAAAGAGGACUUAUUAAGGUAGUCUUUGCUACAGAAACACUUGCUGCUGGCAUAAACAUGCCUGCUAGGACAGCUGUUAUUUCAUCCCUUAGUAAAAGGGGUGAAAGUGGACGAAUUCGACUCACUUCAAAUGAAUUACUUCAAAUGUCUGGCCGGGCAGGUAGAAGAGGUAUUGAUGAAAGUGGUAAUGUAGUCAUUAUCCAGACCCCCUUUGAGGGGGCUGAAGAAUGCUGCAAGCUCCUCUUCGCUGGACUUGAUCCUCUUGUCUCACAGUUCACUGCUUCUUAUGGAAUGGUCCUUAAUCUUCUUGCGGGAUCUAAAGUUACUCACAGACCAAAAGAGUCGGAUGGUGUUCAAGAUUCCAAAGCAGGACGAACUUUGGAGGAAGCAAGGAAACUAGUAGAGCAAAGCUUUGGAAAUUAUGUUGGUAGCAAUGUGAUGGUUGCUGCAAAAGAGGAACUUUCAAAAUUGCAGAAGGAGAUAGAAAUGCUUACUUCUGAAAUUAGUGAUGAGGCCAUAGAUCGUAAGAGUAGAAAGAUUUUGUCAGGGAGAGCUUAUAAGGAGAUUGCUGAUUUACAGGAGGAACUAAAAGCAGAGAAGCUCUUGCGGUCACAGUUGCGGGCAAAACUGGAAAUGGAGAGAAUAUGUGCUCUAAAACCUGUACUGGAAGGUUUUAAAGAAGAUGGUCACCUGCCAUUUAUUUCAAUGCAAUAUAAUGAUGGUGAAGGAGUUCAACAGUUGAUACCAGCUGUUUAUCUUGGGAAGAUUGAUAGUCUUGAUGGUUCGAAGGUCAAGGAUAUGGUUGCUUCCAAUGAUUUGUUCAGCAUUGAUACAGUUGGAGCAGCAUCUGCUUAUAGCAAUAAUAUCAUUGCACCGUCAUAUCAUGUGGCUCUGGGUUCAGACAAUUCUUGGUAUCUUUUUACAGAGAAUUGGAUUAAAACAGUAUAUAAAGCAGGUUUUCCAAAUGUAGCAUUGGCUCAUGGAGAUGCUCUACCACGGGACAUUAUGGCAAGGUUACUUGAUAAGGAGCCAAUUCAGUGGCAAAAAGUUGCCGAAUCUGGACUAGGUGGCCUGUGGUGCAUGGAUGGAUCACUAGAGACCUGGUCUUGGAGUUUAAAUGUUCCUGUUCUGAGCUCUCUCUCUGAAGAUGAUGAAGUGGUACAGUUUUCAGAAGCAUACCUGUCUGCUGUUGAAUGUUAUAAAGAUCAAAGGAGGAAGGUGUCACGCUUGAAGAAAAGGAUCGUUCGCACGGAAGGCUUCAAGGAGUAUAGAAAGAUUUUAGACAUGACUAAGUUCACAGAGGAAAAGAUUGAACGCUUGAAGGCUAGAUCAAGUCGCUUGCUUAACAGGAUAGAGCAAAUCGAGCCUUCUGGAUGGAGGGAAUUCAUGCAGGUCAGCAAUGUCAUCCAUGAAGCCAGAGCACUGGAUAUAAAUAUGCACAUGAUAUUUCCUCUUGGUGAAACAGCUUCUGCAAUUCGAGGAGAAAAUGAACUCUGGCUUGCAAUGGUCCUACGGAAUAAAAUCUUGUUAAGUCUAAAGCCUGCACAGUUUGCUGCCGUUUGUGGCAGUUUAGUUUCGGAAGGGAUUAAACUUCGUCCAUGGAAAAAUAACAGCUUUAUAUAUGAACCUUCAAGUGCCGUGAUGCAAGUAAUCAAUUCUUUGGAAGAACAAAGAAGCUCCUUGCUGAAACUUCAGGAGAAGCAUGGUGUAAAGAUAUCUUGUUGCUUGGAUGGCCAGUUUUCAGGUAUGGUUGAAGCCUGGACUUCUGGAUUAACAUGGAAAGAAAUAAUGAUGGACUGCGCCAUGGAUGAAGGAGAUGUAGCUAGGCUAUUGAGAAGAACAAUUGAUUUAUUAGCUCAGGUACCUAAAUUACCUGAUAUUGACCCAUUGCUGCAAAGCCUUGCAGCAAGUGCCUCAAAUGUCAUGGAGCGUCCACCAAUUAGUGAGCUAACUGGUUAGCCACAAGCGAAAAGACCUCUAACUCGAUUCUAUCUACCAACAUCAUAUUUGAAGGGUAUGCACAGCUGGAAGAAGGAAAGAUGGUAGCUUCUAGUGAAUUUGUUGGAUAAAUUGCAGCAGGAUGGAGUUGAGUUUGAAGCAUUUAAGUUAUAAGGUAAUUCUUUUACUUAAUAGUAAAAGGAAACCGAGUAUACUAGUAUGGGCAUAAAAAAAGAACUUUACUAGACCUUUUUUAGGCUGUUCAGCGGUAGCCUAAAUAAAUGGAAAGAAACUGUUAUUUGUUUAAGAUAA